GGCAAGCUGGAGUUUCAACCCGAGCUUAGGAAUUGGGGCCCCUCCCACCUUCGUUUGCCUCAUCGGCUCCGUCUUCCGCCAAUUGUGACCCGCAGAACUCGCCGCCCCGACGGCCAGUUGCUGGCUAGAGGCAGCGACCAGGAGUGGCUUGGUUGAAUUAGGAUCUCCUCGGCCCCUAGCGCUAGGCCUCCUUUUUCCUGGAGCCAUCCAAUCCGCUUCUCGCAGUUUCCCAUGCGCCUCCGCCAGCUCUCCCAGAGGUGCCCAUGACCUGCUGAGGGAGGCGCCCCCACACCCCCCGUGAGGUGCGGCGGUGGGCCCGGGACGAUUGAAGCCACUUAGCAGCUCUUUCGCUCGGGCUGGCUAGGCGGCGGGCAGCGGCGCUCCGCCGCAGUGGCGCACCCUCAGAAGCCGCCGCCCUACAAGCUGCCACCCGACAGCCUGCCCGCUAGCCAGGCAGCCCUUCAGUGGGUCGGUUCCACUCCCGGCUACGUGAGACUCAGGACCUCUAGCCGGCCUGCAGUCCGCAGCUCUGACCGCCCUGUGCCACAGCAUGGCCCAGAGAGCGCAGAAGAGGUGCGGAACCACCCACUUGCUGGUCCAGUCGUCCGACGAAGCACUGCCACUCGCCACAGGAAAGCUGGAAAUAAAGGGCCAGCCCUCUCUCUGUGCUUUUUUGAGCCCACCCUCUGCUGCAACCACGGAGACUCUCAGCAGCUGCCGUACUACCUCUCUGUCAGAGAUGAUGCCCAAUGAUUACCUGGCUCAAGUCAUCCCGGACCACCCUGAGGUAGAAGGCCUGACUGGGGAGGUAGGGCUGGAGGAGUUGGAGAAAUCUAAGCAGUAUGACCAGAGUGACUUGAGUAACAGUGAAGAGAGUGGUUGGAACAAGAAGAAAACCAAAGUCAACAAGAUCUGGAAUUUUGUGAGCCGCAGAAAAGGGGCCUCCAGCCAGAAAAAGCGACCCCAGUCCAUGUUUUUACUGGGAGACACCUCCAGGCUGUCAGAAGUGAAACAUAAAUUCAGGUUCAUGGAUCGAAUGAAGACAUUCAGGAGGCUGAAGUCUUCUACUGGGGCCUUCAAAUACACUCCCCCUAGGAGCAGCAAGAUCCAGGAGGCGCAGGAUGCCCCAGGUAUCUAUCAGAUCAGAAAGACUGAGGAGGCCCUGAAGCCCUUCCGCCAUUCCUAUGCCGGCCCCAUCAAGGGCUUGGACCCUUUCCUCACAGAUGUGCAGGGGCUUGGGCAAGCCUCCAAGAGGGUGAACCAGAAAGUACUGGCCUUUGAUGAGUUUAGCAUCCAUGUGCAGGACAAUUCCUGGCAGGAGAAGGUCCCUGAACAGCUUCAGGGUGAAAGGCAAGGCAGAACCUACCUGAAAAGCCUAUUCCCCAGGGACUGUGAAGGUCUGAAUACAUGGGCCAAUGAUGCUGAAAUCCUGAAAUUUGAGGCUGCCAUCGAGGACUCCACCUUGGAAGCAGACUUGCAAGGUAGCAUUGAAGGGAACCCUGAACACCAGUGCCGAGAAAAGGCUGCACCAUUGGGUGUCAUCAUCAAAUUCUUUAAUAGUGUGGCUGAGGUGGCCCGCAAGUGGCAGGCAUUCACCCGUGAAGAGCCGCAGUUGUCCCGCCACAACCAUGAGGCCUGCUUCAGCAGUUGCAGCAAUAGCUUCAUCCGGGAGGGCACUGCCUCCCUGUCCUCCUUACCACUCAACCUGUCCUGCCAGGCCACUGAGGCCUCACUGUGGAAUAGUACCUUGGGAAGGCUUUGGCAACACCCCCGCCACCUGAAGCCCUCACAGAGCUUAUGCACUUUUGAGAUGAGCAUUGAGGGCAAAGAAACGCUGGACCAGGACCUAGCGGGUCCCUGUAUUGCUGCCACCUCUUCCCCAACCUUGGCCAUCUUAGAGUUCCAGGACAACCCAGUGCAGCAGAACAGCCAUGGGCAUGGCAGUCGUGGCCAAAUCUACUGCAGCACCUUCACCAGGGAGCACUCCUCCUCUGAGGAGCUUGAGGAGGACACUGACACCGUGGUCAGCUUCCUCAAGGAAGAUGACAAUGACAGGGAGUCCCCUGAGCUGGGUGUCAAUGCAAGGAGAUUUACCACUGAGGUUGUCAUGAAAAAGCUAGAGGAGAAGCUCAACGAGAUGAAGGGGCAAGAGGCUAGUAGGGAGCCUGAGGUGUCCAGCCUGGCCAGGCAGCUCCAGCAGCCUCAGUUGGAAAUGGGGGCAGCGGGGGCAGCAGAGGCAGAGGGCAAAGCCGGCGAGCCCUACACUGGAGUCUGUGGUGCUCAGGCCUUCUCUCCCACAGCUGAACCAUCACCAAGGAUUCUGCCACUUAAAAUCCUUCUGGAAAAAUGCCACUCUCUGCCCACCUCACAAAGUAUCCCUAUGGAGCUGGACCAAGUAGGCUGGAGGAGACCUAUGAUGCUUUGCCGUGGUAACCUGGACAAGGGCUCCAAGAUGCUAGAAACCCACAAGAACAUUGGUGAAUACUGGAAGCCCCAGGGAUCAGGAAACAAGGCAGUUAAUGAAGUAAGACCCCUUUCUUAGUUUCUUUGGAACUUGCCUGUUCUCCAGCACCAUUUAUCUCCUCUAAGCUUCUCUCUUCCUAGACAUAUUGCAAGUAUUGAAACUUCCACCAUGUGGAAUGGAAGCCAUUUUUAAAACAGGUUUUUGAGCCAUUUUAUGGCUGCAUAAAAGUUGGGAGCAUUAACAAUUUUUCCCUGAGGUUAAUUUUUACAUGAGAUAAAUCAAGGACUUUUUAUGGCUUCCAUACAGCUUGCUGCUGCCAUUUUCUUUGGCUGCCUUUGCUGUGGCAGAUGGAGGAGCUGUGAAAUUUUAAACUCUGAGUACUUUGGUUUGCUUUUAUUACAUUCUUUGGGUUCAUGAUCAUCUUCAGAGCUAACUGGUGACAUAUUUAUGGGCAUUCUUUUGGAGAAGAUGUUUUAUAAAUGGAGAUAUAAAAGCUAGUGCUUGGGAGGUCAAUGUUAGCAGGCUUCUUUAUCUUGAUGUCUUUAUAUCCCUGUCUGUUGGGCACUUCUAUGGACCUUUAUAAGUGUAGCUUUCUUGGUAUAUCUCUGUGCACAUGCAUGUCUGUCCAUAUGUCUAUCUAUGCAUCUUUGCCCAUGGCACACCUAUUAAAGUAUUUCUUUGGUGAAUGUGUGGAUGUCCCUGAGCAUGAACUACAAUGUGAUAUUUUUAAUUGUCUAUUGUGUGUGCUUGUGUCUAUCUGUCUAUCUAUCUAUCUGUCUAUUCUUUUGUCUGAGUGUAUCUUUGGGUGUUUUGACAUCUGAUGCCUUUUUGUAUGUGUUUGAGUCUACGGCCUUUUUGUAUCUCCUUGCUGAGGGUAUGUAUAGAUAUCUGCCUUUCAGUGUCUGUCUGUGUCCCUGUAUAGUUUGUCUGGGAGCAAGUGUGUUUGGACACAUAAGGCUACAGAUCUGUGGCUAAACUCUGGUGAGCAAUAACAGCUGAGAAUGCAAGCUUUGGGCAUAUCUGGCCUACUGGCUUAGCUUUUACUACCACCACCCUCCAAUUUGAAUAUUGCCACUCAGAAACAGGUUUAUAGUCAUAGCAACUUAGGCCUGUUUUGUGGAAGCCACCACAUAGAGAUUUUUGGCCAGGGAGAUGUAUCAUGAAGUUAAGACUUUUUAAAAACUUUUGUUUCCUUUUUAUUUUUUUUUUUGGUUUAGGAAUUGCAAACUGAGGCCCACAGGAAAAGUUUAAUGACACGUGGCUUGAAUUCUCUUGUUUUCUGCCUCCUGCUCGGUUGCCCUCUUGCCAGACUUCCCUCACUUGGUUUUCUUGGUCCAGACUCAGGCCUGUCCAUUCCUGAGAAAAAGAUCAUCAAUAAGUGGGUUUAAAUAUU